GAAGUGUACAGUCCCUUGUACAGUCUAUGGUACAGUCGUACAGUUAACUCCUCUGUUAAAGCGGCUAACACAUAUAUAACUGUAGCCACAGUAAAUAUCUGGACCUGUACCAGUUAUAUCACAUGUCAUUAGCAUUACCCGCCUGGUUUGUGUACGUGCUCACUGUUUUAGCCUCAGACCGUCAAGAAAAUGGGAAGAAAGGUGACUCUCGCGACGUGCUCAUUGAAUCAGUGGGCUCUGGACUUUGAAGGCAACUUGGACAGAAUACUGAAAAGUAUUGACAUUGCUAAAAGUCAUGGAGCCAAAUACAGACUGGGCCCAGAGUUGGAGAUAUGCGGGUACGGCUGUGCAGACCACUUCUAUGAGUCAGACACGUUGCUCCACAGCUUUCAGGUCCUAAGGAAGCUUCUGGAGUCUCCCAUCACUGAGGAUAUCAUCUGUGACGUGGGCAUGCCCAUCAUGCAUCAUAAUGUGCGCUACAACUGUAGGGUCCUGUUCCUCAACAGAAAGAUUCUGCUGAUCAGACCUAAAAUGCUGAUGGCCAACAGUGGGAACUACAGAGAGAUGCGUUGGUUCUCACCCUGGAAUCAGUUAAGGAAGGUGGAGGAAUAUUUCCUGCCCAGAAUGAUCCAGGAGGUAACAAGGCAGGAUACAGUCCCAUUCGGUGACUGUGUGCUGUCCACAAAGGACACCUGUAUUGGCAGUGAGAUAUGCGCAGAGCUCUGGAGCCCCAGAAGCCCUCAUAUUGAGAUGGGCCUGGAUGGGGUUGAAAUCUUCACUAAUUCAUCUGCGAGCCACCACGAACUCCGCAAAGCUGACCAAAGAGUCAACCUCAUCAAAUCAGCCACCACCAAGAGUGGAGGUAUCUACCUGUACGCCAACCAGAGGGGCUGCGAUGGAGACCGCGUUUACUACGACGGCUGUGCCAUGGUGGCCAUCAACGGAGACAUGGUGGCACAGGGAGCACAGUUUUCCCUUAAUGAUGUGGAGGUGAUUACAGCCACCGUUGACCUUGAGGAUGUGCGUAGCUACAGAGGAGAACUAUGCCAGCCACACAUGGAAAGUGAACCCAAAGCUUGCCACAGGGUCAAAGUUGACUUCUCUUUAUCCACUGGUGAUGAUCUCUACCUCCCUACCCACCAACCAAUAACAUGGCACUUUCAUACACCAGAGGAAGAGAUCAGUCUAGGGCCGGCCUGCUGGCUGUGGGACUACCUGAGGAGAAGUGGACAGGCUGGUUUUCUGUUGCCUCUGAGUGGAGGCGUCGACAGCUCCUCCACUGCCUGUAUUGUCCACUCUAUGUGUGCGCUGCUCUGCCAGGCUGUAGAGGACGGCAACAGCCAGGUACUGGAGGAUAUUCGCAGGGUGGUUGGUGAUGACUCUUAUUGUCCCCAACAUGUAAAGGAGCUGUGUGGUCGCAUCUUCACCACCUGCUACAUGGCCAGCAAAAACUCCUCAGAGGAUACAUGCAGCAGGGCCAAGGACCUGGCCAAUCAGAUCGGCAGCACACACAUGAAUAUAAACAUAGACAUGGCCGUGAAAGGCAUUCUGGGUAUCUUCUCGGCAGUUACGGGGAAGUGGCCUCAGUUUCGUGCCAACGGAGGAAGCCACAGAGAAAACCUGGCUCUGCAGAACGUCCAGGCUCGGGUCAGGAUGGUCCUGGCCUACCUAUUUGCCCAGCUGAGUCUGUGGGCCAGGGGCAGGCCAGGUGGAUUGUUGGUGCUGGGCUCAGCCAACGUAGAUGAGAGUCUGACAGGGUAUUUCACCAAGUAUGACUGCUCCAGUGCUGACAUCAACCCCAUAGGAGGCAUCAGCAAGACAGACCUGAAGAGCUUCCUGCUCUACUGUGUUGAGCAGUUCCAGCUCACAGCUCUGAGAGGAAUCCUGGCUGCUCCACCCACGGCUGAACUGGAGCCACUCACAGACGGACAGGUGUCGCAGACAGAUGAGGCAGACAUGGGGAUGACCUACCCAGAAUUAUCAGUGAUGGGGCGUCUGAGGAAGAUCUCCAAGUGUGGGCCCUUCAGUAUGUUCUGUAAACUCAUCCACAUGUGGAAGGAUGUUCUCUCACCCACAGAGGUGGCUCACAAGGUGAAGCACUUCUUCAGGAUGUACUCAGUGAACCGCCACAAGAUGACCACUGUGACGCCGUCUUACCACGCUGAGAGCUACAGCCCCGAUGACAACCGCUUUGACCUCCGACCUUUCCUCUAUAACACACGCUGGACCUGGCAGUUCAGGUGCAUCGACAACCAGGUGUCUCAGGUGGCAGCAAACGCCCCAAAGCACUGACACCCUGAGGUUUGCAGAGUCCAGUGAAAGUCCAUCAGAAGUGGGACAGAUCAGAAAGAUCAGUUAUCAUUUGGUGAUUUUCUGCAGCUCAGUAAAACCAAAUACUCUUGUCAUGUCUGUGACAGCUGACUACAUGUUGAUUACAUUCCCAGUCACGAGUCUUUCCUUAUGUGAAAUGCAGAACUACAGCCAUUUGUGGGGAAACACGCGACAGAUUUAAUGAUCUCUUAUUUAUCCUGCAUGUGAUAUAGUGAAUAUAUAUGCACAACAGCAUUAACAACAGUUCAGAAAAGCUUUAAAUCAUGUCUUUGCCCCUAAUUUGAACUUUAGUGACAUGACAGUAUAUCAAAACCACAGUUGUAUAUUUAACUGCAUGUUGCACAGCUGCAAAAAGGAGAUUUCCUUUUUGUUUAUGGCCAUGUCAGCAGCUUUCUCUGGCUGUAUUCACGUCACUGGUUCUCUGAACUAAAUACUUGAAUUCUGACUUGAUCACAAUGAACAUGUUAACAUGUUAAUGUUAUGAUCUUGUUAGUUUAGUGUGAAAUUUACUUCUAAACACAAAGUAGAGCUGAGGCUGAUGGUGAUGUCAUCUUUGAGAAAUGUUGGAGAAAUUAAACUGCAGCAUCAGAGGUUCAUCCUGAGGGGAGCACGAACGUCUGAAACAGUUUUCAUAAUCACUCACUCUGUCCAUACCAACCCUUCUGUAGUCGCUUUCAAUGUACAUUAAAGAAUGUGAAUCUUGUAUUAAGUUAGCUUUGAAAAAAUGUUGACACAUACUGUUACUGAAUUACCCUUGGGUAAAACAUAACAUCUAAUUAAAAAUCUA